UUGCUGUGGACACCCUGAGACCGUCUGGGUGGCCUUGGAAACAUCACUGUCCUCUCUGCAGGAGGUACAUGGAGACAUCCUGGUUUAAUGAUUCCUGAGUCGACGAGGACGGCUGUGAGGACCUUUCAUCACCAAAUGAAAUGCAGACUGCACCAUCUGCUUUGAUAGCUUUUUACAGUCAGGUCGUAUAUUCACUGAAACUCAGCUUGUCACAGAAUAUUUAUUAUAUAUACACAUUGAAACGCAGUGACAAACAUUGAUAGACACUUGUAUCUGCACAGACAGUUCUAUAAAAACCCACAAGUAUGUGCCCUAGUGAAUGAGGUCGUCUUGUGACCAUGUGUGAGACUGAGUCCUCUUCAGUGAGGAGAGCACUGAGGCGGCCUUCAGAAGCGCACACGUACUCUCCACGAGUAGUUUGUGAGAACUUUGUCUUUUUUCUUCACGAUGCAGGUGUAUGUGCCUUCGUUGAUAGCGUUGGCCACUAUGGUGAUGUGGUCGUCUUUCAGUGAAAUGUAGUUUGGGUGGGAGUACUCCAGCAGCUCCCCGUCUUUGUACCAGCUAAAAGAGAAGACAAUAUUAGACUGCAUCACUGUGGCUCGAUAGGAGCAUAGACUUUGUGUAUAUCAGAGAUGGGAUGCAGUCACUCCAUCCAAGUUCGGCAUUUUAAAAGUGACUAUCUUCGUUUUUGUGGAGCCAGAGCUGAUGAUAUUUGGAUAAGAAGUUAACAGAUCGUUGUAGUAGAAACCCCUCACGUCCUGAAUAGUCUUAACAUGAGCAUAGUUCAUUAAAUGAACACAAAUUAGAGUAAAAGAGAGCCUAAAUUUUAAGGCCCUCACCAUGAAAUAUGAAAAUGUUUGCUUAAGGUACAAAAUACUUGAAAAUUUGCAUCAUUUCAUGAUAGACUUGCAUACAGCCACUCUCCUUUAUGCAGCCAUGAACUGAAUGCAUGAAAAGAAGGACAAAAUAACCCCCCUCAAAAAGUGAAGCCAAUACACAUAGGUUACCUCUUCUGGAUAUCUGUAGGAAAUACUACUUUAUCAUCUGCAUAAAGGGUAUUUUGUCUGGUGCAAUAGGAGGACAUCUUAAUACACAACCAAUAAUUGCAACCAGAGAAGUUUAUGGUGUUUUUGCAUCACCUUCUCUCCGGACACCAAGAAGAUCCUCGCUUGUAUUUACAGCCCAGGAAAGAGCGAUACUCACUAUACUUUGCCUUUCUUUGAUGCUAUUUUCUUCCCACAACGAAAAGUGAGUUUCUUGCCCUCUACAACCAGCUUGUGUUUAGUCCGCGGGGGCAUCGGCGUGGGAGCCACUGUGGGGAAGGGAAACUCUGAAAAAGAUUGAGAGGAGGUGAUUCAGUUGAGGUUCUUAAAUGAGAAACUCUAACAAUGAUCUAACUACAACUGUGAACAAACGGCUGCUGAGGUGGGGGAAUGGUGUCUGUAUUGGAAACGACUGCCACCAAAAAACUGACGCAGAGCUUAAAAACUGCUUAGUUUUGAAGUGGAGUUGAAUUUUGAAGAGGCGCACAUCAAGUUUUGUACGUAUGCUUCACAAACCUGCAUGAAUCCGGCUUUAAUCUGGUGCAUCAGACAAGUGAGCAUCAUGUAUGAGCUGCAAAAAGAUGCAAGUAUCAUAGAGUGCGCCAUAGAUUUUUUAGUUACGGAGCUAUUAUGAGCAACUGUAACUUAGAGAGGACAGAAGAAGGUGCAGGCAGCUGAUAAAAAGUCUCAGAACGCUGCAAACAUCUUGCUGUGCCAAGGGGUUAAAUUUAGAAGUGGCGUUGAUGCAUGCCAGAGCGUAUCGACCCACUUAAAGCACUUGAUCUGAUCAGACACAUAUCUGAGAGAAACACACACAAAAAAGGGUGAUCCCAUAACUGUUCAUUUCAUAACAUUUCAUAAUCUGGAGAUGACACAACUUCCCCUCACAAAGAAUUUGUCGAAACAUGAAUUACUGUCAACAUUUUUGAUUAGAACCUUAUCAAGUCAGAAACUCUUUCACAACCCUUCAUCCUGGCAGCACCGCAGCUGUCUUAUCGAUGUAAUAUCUCUCAUCUGGAAUCUGACAAACACAACAGGCUGCUUGGUGAUCAACUCAGAGUCUGCCUAAAAAACAGUCGCUCUCGUUAAUGCCGCAAAAAUCCAAAUUGACCUUGUGUGUCUCUAACCCUCAAGCCACAGUCUGAAAUUCCAGCGGUUUGGAGUCACUCAGGAAUUUUCCACAGCCGUACAACGUCUCCCAAUCAACAAUGAGGAACAGAUUACAGCGAGCCAGGAAUCGUAUCCUCUUGCUUCUCUCCACACUGUCCCUUGUUGCAGACAAAAAUCUCAGAGAGCCACAACAAUCUGACGUCUUUGAUGGUUAAGGGGAGACAUUUCCUGUUGUGCAAAAGGAGAACUCAGCACCAGAGCAUCCCACCAUAAACCUAAAGAGACUCUGUCAGUCUGUCAGAUCUCUGAUGUGUUAUCAAUUCUCUAAGCAGAGACAGCACUUAACAGGUAUCUACUCUAACCUGCUCUGUCAGUGUCUUCUGAGAACUUUCCACAUGACCUCCCAGGGGAUAGUAGUAUCUCUAGAACUAACCACAAACUCCUCCAGUGGCAAGUGCAAUCUCACUUCAAAUCAGAUCCUUGAAAACCUCCAUCGUAGCUCUGCAUGGCUGGACCUAUUGGCUCCAGUUGCUCCAUUGGCAAACGGUUCACAGCAGCUUCUUGCGCUGCUCAAUUGAGAGAAAAGAUUUUUUUUCCCCCUUUGGAGUGCUGCUGCUUUCUGCUGCUGCGUCUUACCGUAACAGAAAUCACAGCUGGAGGGGCAGUGCUUCUGCAUCAGUUUGCGCUUGCUGUCGCAAUAGCCUUUCCGAGCCCAGGCUGGACAGAUAAAUAACCGAUCCAAACAUCCUGGAGGAGGAGAGGAGGGAAAUGGGGUGAGUAGGAGAGAUCAGACAACAGUUUUCAGUCAGCAGCAAAAGAAAAAAAAUUGGAUCCCUGAUGUGCUUCUAGUUCCAGUGAGAAUGACUCACCAUUAUACACACUAAUAAUGACUCAUGAGUAGUUUAUACAAUAAUUAUUAAUGCCACGUUGACUUUUAGGGUCUGUCUUUAAGAGGAGCACUAAUGGUAUACAUCCAGACUCACUGAGAUCAAAUAAACUAUCCCUGCUUUUGUAAAGCUGGUUACACGGGUACAUCAGGGCUGUCCCAGCAUACAGGUGUUGAUGAUAUUGGUAUUUCUGAAAUGUUGAUGUGCCACAAUUUAACAUAUAAUACAGAGUAGCACGCUGUCUUAUGGUAGGGGCAGUACAAAACAGAAGAGAGACAAAGAAGAUGACAAAUGAAAGCUCUAUCUGGAUCAAAAUCGUGCUCUUGCCAGAUCGGGGGACUUUUUGGACUUUGUACAGAAAAAAAGGGGGUUUGUGGGAAAUUUAAACACAGAAUCUCAAGUAAAGAAGAUGGUGAGUUUUCAUGUUAUGUACACAUCUGUCAUAGGGCUGGUGAUGCAGAUACAUCAAAACUUUAAGCUUUAUCUAUAUAGCAUAAAUUCACAAGCAUAGGCGUACGGACCAAAAGCUGGUGGUGCUAGCUCUGCAAGGGUUAGUCAUACUUAGCAAACCAUUUGACCUGCAGACUCUGUGGUACUGUGUUCAGCCAGGUUAAAAAAAUUAGGCUGGAUUUUUGUCUGUUUUCCAACUGUUUUCUUUCUUGUAGGCUAGUUGGCUCAUCUUAAUUUAACAUUUCAUGUAAGCCAUCCCUGUACAAGACACUUAACUCCAUGUUGACAUGUAAGUCAGUCAGCUGUGUUUAUAAGUUAGUCAUGAAGUGGUGUGUUGCUUCAUCCUUGUCUUGCCUGUCCUUGACUGACUGAUAGUGUUGUUGUUUUUUCAGAAAUAUAUUUUGUGACAGCCUUGGUGUACGUCUGUGUAGCUAAGAGUUUCUAACUGCCAAGAUGUCCAAUGUGCCAGAGUAACUCCUCUCUGAUUUUCAUGAAUUUCUUGCCCUGACAUGGCCAGAUCACAGUGCAGCUGACCAUCAAUCAGAGUUAACCAUCUUUUUUAGAUUUGGACAUGUGUGGAUGAUUGGGAAGGUGGUGCCAGGUUUUAUUCUGACUGUCCCACCUGACUGAAACUACAUCCUUUCUCUCUGUCUAUGAGAUCAUUGGGGUUUCAUGCAAACAUUGUGGGCCAAAAAAGCUGGGGGGUUCUGGGACUGGUCUACUUGUUUUGGUGUUUGGGAUUGACUGUCAAGUAGGUUAUCAAGCCUCAUCAGGCGAUCUAAUCCAACCACUUAGAUUGAAAUUGCUUGGAUUACUGUCCUGAGGACUUUUUAUUUCCAUUUCAGAGGUGUCUCAGUCAUUCAGCUUUUUGGAUGACUGACAAAUUGCUGUCAAGACAAAUGAAGUUCACUGAUUUGUUUAUGACUUUUGGCUUCUGUGUCCUGGCUGGCUGACAACAUCCCAGAUGUAUUUCCAAUUGUCAAAACCAGAGAAGAGCUUUUCAUUUUUGUUUUUGUAGCAAAGUAAGAAACAGCAGGCCUGGGAGCAUACCGUAGAGACGAUGCAUGCCCCACACAUCAUCCUGUGUGAUAAGCUUGCGCCCUGUUAAAGUUGCAUUCAGGUGCAUUAUUGCUUUUGGAUUCAUGGAGUGCAUGAGUCCCAGGACAUGGCCUAUUUCAUGAGUUGCCACAUGGACAAGAUCCGUCAACCAAACCCCUGAAAAACAGACACAGUUGAUUAUUUUCAGUUGCAGCGCACCUCAGGAGCUGUUUGGUUCGGAGUCUGCUGCAUCCAUCAUUUGAGGGUUAAAAAUGAGCAAUUUCCAGAAACAUGAUAAAGACACAUGCCUUUCUUCCAGCUAAAGCGCAUGUUUCCCAGAAUCCAGUAUUCAUGGUCGUCAAAGUGGAUCUCGCCAGUUGGCGGGAAGAAUGCGUGAGCCAACUCUCCUGUGAUGCCGUCGAAACAAUGGUGCAAGUAGGACUGCAGACAGUCUGUGUGGUUGACGGGGUAGAAGCCUGCCAAGACAGAGAGAGACAGAUGUACCUAAGAGCCGAGCAGGGGAACCCUCACUCCAUUAUUCCUGCUCUGUGAAGACAACAGCAGGAGGAAUGAUGAAUUAUAAAAGACAGGCCCUCAGCCUCAGCUUUCACUCUGCAGGAUAACAACUGUUCCUCGAACUGUCACUGAGAAUUUAUGCAGGACCCAGGAGUUUGCACCCAAAGGGACAGAUAAAGCAUAAUUUAGUCUGCUUCAGCAUGGGCUGACAUGUAUGGAAGUUGUUAAACAUUUAUUUUUUUAGUUAGAAAUUAUGAAUCAUGCAGAAUAUAAGCUUGGUAAUAUAGUCGCGGUAGUGUGAUUUAGUGGGUUUGGAGAAUACUGAAGUUUCAGCGAUGACAGCACGGAGAGAAAAACAGUAACGACAAAGCGAGCUCCAAAGUCUGGAGCUCAGAGCCAAGCAACAUCUGUCGGGGAUUGAUGCAGCCACAUGCAGAGUACCCACCGAUCUUAAUGUCUGCUUCUUGGUCAGCUGGCACCUCUCUGAAGCUGAACGGCGAGACGUCGCUCCACAUGCCAAACGCCUUGGCGAUGCCUCUACGUGUGUCGCUGGCAUUUAUCAAGUUUGUAGGGUAGGAGAGCAACCUGCUCAGAGACAACAGCAUUAUGUAGUUUAAACUGGUCUCUACACACAUUCCUCUACAGCAGAGAGAUCUGCCAAAACACAAUGGCUACUGUUCAGACAGACCAGAAAUCCCACAAGCACUCCAAGUACAGCUCCAUUACUGAGACCUGAUAUACUUUUAUAUCUUGGCUGAACUGAUACGGAUACUUUUAACUGAAACUAGUCAUUGAUUAAUUGGUUAUAUCAACUUUUAUUAUACUAGACGAUAAACUGUAUUUUAACUGAUUUAGGACUGUCUCCAUUAAAGUUUGUUUGAUCACCAAAACCCGGCGUUUGACCCUUUUCAGUUUGAUCCACUCAUCUUAUUUUUGAAGAUUGACUUUCUAUAAGAGGUUGGUCAAAUUUUGAGAGUAUUGCAAAGAUUUUUUCUCAUGUAUUGAUUCUGGUGACCCUUUUGAACAAAAUUAGCAGCAUAAUUCUAGGAUGAAGGCUUCAUUUCCCGUGAACACCAUCACCUCUUGUUGUGAACUGUGACUCUUGCUUAAGUGCGCUAUUGUUAAAUUAAGUAGAUAGAGUAAUGCGGAGGCCCUAAAGUUAGACAAAGUUAUGAAUAUUAUCUUUUGUGCACAAAAUAGUUAACUGGUGUGCACAUGAUUGUACAACCAAGAUUAUUCUUUCAGAAAUAAAACACUAUCUUGUGCCACUGAGAUAUUAACUCAUUAGAACAGGAUACUAAACUCCACCUCACAAGAAAAAAACUCAAAAGACAAGAUACUUCUUUAACAGGAACAAAUUAUUAACUUGUGUGUUAAAUAUUUACUUGUAGGCAUAAGACACUACACUUGUUCCUACAAGACAAGAUAAUCAUCUCACAGGAACAAAAUACUAUCUGGUGUGCAAAUAAAAUGAUAUGUGUAAAAAAUAAUAGUUACGAAUAAUUAAUUUGAUCAAACAAGAUUUUUUCACUGUGCACAUGAGAUAAUUUCCUGCAUGCACAGGAUAAUAACUUGUUCCAGCACGAUUAUUACACUGUGCUGACACAAUGGUUAACUUGUCCUCUCAAGUUAAUGUCCUGCACCCAUAAUGUAAUCACUUGUGGGAACAAGGCGACUAUUUUGUGUGCACAAGUUGAUAUUUUUGGCACAAUAAAACAAUAAAAAGAACUUGGAGACUUUUUAAUCCUUAUUUUUCUUUGUUCCAGGCAAUGAUGAGGUAAUACAUUGAAUCGUAGUUGAAUGAACUGCCAGCUGUAAUGCAACAAUGACAAAACUUUGAAAACUCUUAUCACUAUCAGUUAGUUCACAUACGGUGACCAGAUGUACCUGUAACAGCCGGGAUGUCAUGGUUUUAGCCCUGGUCUCCCACUUCAUGUCUCAAUAAUGUAAAUAUGUGUACAGUUUAACCCUUCAGUCCUUUAAGGGCAACUAAACAUUGGCACACAUAAAUGUUUCAACAUUACAGUUUGUUCAUCUCUUACUGAGCAAAGCCCUGGCUUUAGAGUCUCUUUGUCUCAAAUAAUACUUCAAAAGCAAAGAAACAUCUUUUUUUACUAACACUGCUUCAGUAUCAUCUAUGAGUACAAAAUAUUAUAAACAAAGAAAAAGUAUCCCGCUAACUUACUUCUUUUCAUAUCAUUUUUGCCUUUUCUAAAACUGCAAAACAGUGAGAUAGCACAGAGGUGAGUGAUGAAAAUAAGUACUUGUAUGUUAGCUUGAACUUGUCCCAUUUGAGCUGCUCUGGAGUGAGGGUGUAGCGUUUGUUCCUGGACAGGUGAAGGACUUGUGAGCGGGCUUCUUUGCGGAUCCCGAUGAGCAGCACUGUGGUGUAAGCUUCUUCCUUGGACAAAGAAAAACCUUUGAUUAAUCACACCCGACUGACUUUACCAUGGGGACAGAACCCUGAUGAAUCUUGUAUUUUUUUACUCAUGGAACAAUCACAGAGCAAACUUAUCUGUGAGGAAUAACUUAAUCGAUACAUCUAUGUAUAAAACAACCUUGACAACACUGUAAUCCACUACUUUUCUUUCAGUGGAUCUGGACCCUUUGUAUUAGAUAUUCAUGCAAGGGCAUUACAUCUAAGCGUCAUGAGGGCUAACCAGUCACAGGCCUAUAUUGUGAUCUUUAGCAGUAGGUUUGUCCUAUGAUGAUUUGCAGAUGGGCAACAUCAAUUCCAAAUGUCCAUUCUUGUAGUGGACCAGUAUCAGUUUUUUAAGAGCUCAUGUCGAUCAUUUCACAUGGAAAAGAUGAUGAAGGUAUGAUGCCAAUUAAGUAAAAAUGCUAUUAACCCACCUGAUUAAUCCACCCACCAUUAAACUUGCCUAUCUGUAGUUCACGUAUAUUUUAAUAUUUUUAAAGCUUCUGUAUGUAAAUUUUGGUUUGUGCUGAUUUUGGCGCCUCACUGUGGAUGUAACAAUACAUCUUAUUUCUUUGAUGAAUUUGCCCCAUACAUUUGUCAGCCAUGCUCCUCUUACUUUCAAAAUUCAAUGUAUCACUAUUUUUGACUAUUUUAGACUAUUACUAUUUGAUCAUUCACCAUUUAGAGCAUGUAAAUAAAAGCUGUUCAGACAGUGUGCUGUAACCACAGACUGUAUAUACUAUGGACAAUUUAGCUCCGCCUUCUGUCAUUAUAAGAAUUUGAAGCCGAAUUGCUCUCUGUAUUUCCAGGAUUUUCUCCACUUUCGGAACCACCACUUGUGCAGUAGCGUUGUACGCAUUUGGCGGGAGAGUCGCCGAAAGUCACUGUGAUGAUGCUUGGCUCAAACAGUGUAUCCCCCGGAUGAGCUAUACAAUCUUUGUACGCCCGUAGGCUGUAUCAAGCGUCAAUCAUAGAAAAUAUGAACCCCCUAAUAACUUUUAAAAAUGGAGCUGCACAGAAAAAAAAGGACUUGAGCACAAACCAGUCUUACAGUAACUACAUGUCAACAUCACAAGCAGGGGGGAGAAAAAUUUAGAUUCUGUGUCAUAAAUUUCUAAAGUUUGUCCACAGCUCCAUAGGGAUUGCUGGAGGAGGCGGGAUUUAUGACCUAUACAGCAGCCCGUCACCAGAGGAUGCUGUUCUUCUGGUGGUUUAUCCAGCGAGGAGGCGGACGGUGUCCAUUCUAUAUUAAGUCUAAGGCAGUAACUCACUUUGUCUGACACCCACCCAGCAGCUGUUUUACAAUUUGGACAAAAAUCAAUCCUGUCACAAAUACUAUAUUUUGCUUUUCUGGGUCAUAAAGAAGGAUCAGUAUAAAUCUUCGACUGUUUCAUGACCAGCCCUAAAACUCCUUACGGUAGCUUUAAAAAGCUGUGUAUAUGUGCUUUGCAUUCAAGUGCUUUCACAAAUAUUAUAUGAUUGAGGUUAAGUUGUGGUUUGACUUGGCUGCAAUAUUUCCCCAUGAGCUAUUCCAUUACAGUGAUUGCACCAGUUAACUUUUUAUGGGGGUUGGUUUAGGUAAUAAACCCCCUUCUCUGCGCUUUUAUGACCUCACAGUCAUACUAACAGAGAAAUACGUUAAAACUUUCUGCAUCACUUAUAUACUGGUCUCUUCAAAAAGUAUCCUUUCCUUUAGGUGGUGUGAAGGAUGUCAAAUAUUAUACUAAGGAGUCUCCAAUCUGGAAAAAGUUCAAGCAGUCUACCAGGGGGCAAUAGUGAAGCUCACUUGGUAGAGUAGGUGCCCCAUGUACAGAGAAUGCAGUCUUCAUCGCCCUGGUAGUAGGCGCAUACUAUUCCCCCUCUCCCCUCAAGCUCCCUAUCAAAAUAAAGGCAAAAAGCCUUAAAAGGAACUAUCAAAGCCGUUUUCAAAGCAUAACAGAGCUUUAAAGUCAUAACUAGUUAGGGUUUUUUAGUGAAAAAGCAUUUUAAGAAGCUAUUUUUGUUAAAUUUGUGAACAAAAUAGUGACUCAACUGGUUGCGUGAUGAUGGUUAAAAUAUGACCUGAGCCUCUACUAUAAUUUCUGGGAAAAAUCACAACUGGUGUCAAUUACCAAGCAGUGGUUGGUCCACUAGAGUGAGUAAGCAGAUAUGGAUUACCGUUUCUGUGGUCUCUGCUGAGGUGUUAGUAAAUCUUUAAUCUGGCCCCACAAUCAAAGGAAAGUAUGAUGACUUCAGACAGUAAAACUUCAAGAGUAAGAGCAACUCCAAAGAGAGAGAGAAACUCACUGGAUGUCCAGAUAAAGACAAACAGUUUAAACCUUGUUUGGAUGUUUGAAAAAGUAUCAGUGUCAGAACCGGGCCGCUACCGUCUGAUUAUGUUACAGCCUCUGGGAGUGAUGUGCAACUUUUCAGGCCCUCCAGUGUAGCCAGCAGUUAGCGGUGAAUGACUUCUAGCCAAGACUUCCUUUUAUGUGUGUUACCUAUUUUACAGUCUAACUGGCAACAUGAGACGCAAUGAGGGAGUUGGUGUUCAGAAAUUUGUCCAAAAGCAUAAUUUUAGCUGCACUUUCAUGCAGAUAAUCGUUUAAAGAUAUAAAGUACGAUAGUCAUUAGAUGACCGCCAAUGUGCUCAGGGAUUUUAUCAAAAUGGCUCAUGUUCUUCUUACUCAAUACGGGCUGCUUUUCUGCCAACUGGAGCUGAAACUUAAACAAGAGCACUUUGGAUACUUAAGUCAGCUCCCUGGCGUUCAGAUUCUGAAUUUUUAUGCAGGAUUUGUAAACAGACAUGAGGCUUAGGCCAAGCCACAUACCUGCAGUUUCUACCUGUUGAUACAGGUGUUGGCAGAAGAGGGUAAAACUAGAUUUUAGAGGCUGCUGCCUGAAAAAUGUAUCUCAAACAGUUAUAGAAACAUAGGGGUGAAAAUCUUUGUCAUGACAAUUAAAGGCACAGUGUGUAGAAAUAAGAAUAUUUACUGUUAUCUGGACUCUUGAUUGAAAUGCUCCCUUGCUCACCCCUCUUUUACAUAAAAUGUUUAGCUGCAAACUUACCCCGCCUUUAUUGGAGCAGGUGACUUAUUGAAGUUUUACAGUAUGUUACUAGUUUGUCCAUCCCGUGCAACUGUAGAAACAUGGUGGUGCAAGACGGUGCCAACUUGGAGGGCAACCCACUCCUAUGAAGUUAUACAAAUAUUAUAUUCCAUUUCCACCAAGUCUAUUAAAAAGAGAGUCUGCCAAAUUCUGUCAAACUCUACAAACUGCACUUUAAUGGCAGCAAGAGUUCUUCAAAACAAGUGGUUGUGGGAUGAUGAAAAACAGAGGAAACCGAGAAAUCUAUUCAUGGUGUACUAACCAACUUGCUGACUUUCUUGAAUAUCAAUUUAGUCUUGUAUCUUUGAUUAUUUUCCUACUUCAGAACACACAAAAAUGGAUUAAAAUAAAGCUUUAACAAGGAAAAUCAGACUCAAGUUAAACUGUUCAAAUGUGAUCCAUCCUUCUGGAUUUCUCACGGGGGAAAAACACUGAAGGCGGGGAGCGAAUAUCAAAGCUGUUCCCUCUUUUCUGUAUUCUACACCCAAUCCUCUGGUUCCUGUUCCUGCUUCGCCCAGUCAAAACAAAUAGAUCCUGUACUUCCUUCAUUUCCUCACCAAAAUAGUCACACAGAGGCAGGCGGGCGGUCUGACAGUGUCCACACCGCUGCAGAACUUGAUGACCCCUCUUUCUCCGAUGUUUUACACAAAGAUGCUGCUUUGCAUUAUAUGUACUGAUGGCUGUUUUAUACAACAGACCUCAGAUGACCUCAGUUGACAAAGCUAAGCCUUGUGUUCAGAGAUUUAUGGGGUGUUUAAUGUACUAAGGCCAGUGCAGAUCUUUUUGUAUCUUGUGUUGUUAUAAUCACUGCAAAUCUAAUCUCACUUUGGCACAACUAAAGUCAACCCUUAAACCAUGAGGGCCGAAACAAGCCUGCUAGACUAAACCUUGAAGCCAAAACAUCCAAGCAUAAAUCCCAGUGGAUCCUCAGAAGAGUUUGGAAGAAUCUUUAAGUGCCAGACACUGCUAAAACUGGGAUCAUGAUCUUAAUCCCUGCUUUCAUAAUACUGAAGGCCCAUUCAACAAAGACCUUUUAAUGUAUCUACCGCAAAACACAAACUGUCAAAUGAACGUUAACCAAACAAGCACCUCUUCUCAUAAAACAGUACAGGCAUGAGGUAAAUCACUCUGAAAAUACAUUUCAAAGCUACAACUGUGUGAGGGAGCAGGGGUGACGCAAUCUGAAUAGGUACCAGCAGUAUGGCAUGAGGCACACGUACACAUAAGACAUAAUAAAUGAAGAUGUAGUAGCAUUUUGGCCGAUUUUGUGAGAUCCUCUGUCUCUGUUAUCAUUACGUAGUUGCACAGACCUGGUUAUAAAAGGUGGGUCUAGAGUGGCUUCCACAAAGAUUUUUUUGACAGACUAAAAUUCUCAUUUGUGCCUUUUAAUGAUACCAAAGAGCAAACAAGACUAUCAGUGACAUGAUCCAUGACCCUUAUGUCCUUAUUUUCAAUGCCCUAAACUGUGGAGGGGAAGGUGUCAGCCGAGCAGGUGACAAGACAGCCCUAUGUUUUACAAUACCCACAUUAAAAUAUUCACACUUAAUGAUAAAUUUGAAUGUCAAAAGUCAACAUGUUUUGAUUCAAACACAGAAAAUAGUGUUUAAGUUUGCAGAGGAUAAAAUAAGCAAAGAGCGCUUUGUUCACAGGGGGCGCCAAAAGAUGCAAACUGAAAGUUUUCCACAGGAGCUUUAAUUAAGCAAAAAAAGAAAAAGCAUAAUAAACAACACUAAAUGCAAAUCCCAAAGGAAGCUCAUGUUCUAUGAGUCUAUAAAGAUGCAAUGUUGUCCUUCACACGGUUACUCUGAAAUUGAAUAGUGUAAAGACACAAAGACAGACACAUAAUAAAACCAUAAACCUCUGUUUAUGUAUUAAACAGUUCGAAAGGAAAACACUUUGUACAGAAUUAAACUUAGUCACAGGCCUCGAUUAGCAACCAAAGGAUAUGACCAGGUCAAAUCACACGACGGCCACUUUAUUUACCAUUUAUACACUAAGCAUCCAGCAGGCACUUUAUAAAAAACAUUUAAUCCAAUGAAAAGACAUCCAGAGAGAGCAUUGUUUACACUUUAGACACUGAAGGAGCAUCUAGAGGGUGCUUUAUUUACUUUAAUACACCAGAACAACACUCUGAGAGCACUUUGUUUACAUUUGAUCUACUGGAAUUGCAUACAGAGGGAGCUCUGAUUAUGCUUUCUACACUGGAGAGGCAUACAGAAAGCUCUUUGUUUACUUUUUCACUACAGGGUGAGCAUCCAGAAGGUGCUUUGAUUAAGUUUUCUACACUGGCAGAGCAUUUAGAGGGCCCUUAGUUUAGAUUUUAUCCAGUGGGAAAGCAUUCAAAAGGUGCUUUGUGUGCAUUUUAUUGAUGAGAAUACUAUCAACAGAUAUGUAAAUUUUGUUUCAUGCAGAUUGUCUGUUAUUUUCAGUACACAUUAAGAAAACAUUAAUAAUGUUAUUCAACUGGAUUUUAGCCGAACUUUAUUCAUCAACUGACAAAUUAAACACUCUUAUGUUUCUUUUACUGCUGUAUUGCCUAAGAAGCUUAUCUAAGGCACUUAUGUAACCCCCACACUCAAGAUUGACACUUUAUGAGAGUCUGUGGCAAAGGAAAUGACAUAAAGUCAUCCCUCAGGCUCUGUCUCUCAGUGGGUGGGUGGCAGUGAUAGAGGAACACAUUUAUCCAAUUCACAGCAGUUAUUACAGUACAGGGAUUCACUGCAUGCUCUAAUCUGAUUAUUUUAACUCCUCCACAAGAGACAUUAAUUUAGUCUGACGAGUAUGCCAUGGGUACCUUUAACACAGUGAUGAUAUGCAGAUAACGUUUAAAGAGGCGUUAUAAAUGAUCCAAACUGCACUACAACAGUGAAAGACAGCUGUAUGAAUGAUGUUUUCAGCUAAUUUGAAAAACAUUGCUUGUCACUCUUUUAUCUGAAGGGGUAAACUUUGUGCACAGUGGAUACUUAAGGUCAGGCACCAUCUUUGUAUUUAUUGUCUGGUUGUACAAUCGGGGUAUAAAGGACCCAGCAAAUAACAACUUAAGCACUUGCCCUGACACACAUUGCUGCCCAAUACACCUCACUACUAAAAUGAAGGUUAGUUGUAUUUUGAAAUCAGUGCAGCUGAUAUGAUACAACUGUGCAUGCCGAAUUGUAAAGUGGCUUCUAAAAAUGGUUAAAACAUGGGAAUAAAUUCAGGCUCUAUCAUUCAGCUUCAGUGUAGCGCAGGGCAAAUCUGAAACCGCAGAAUUUUGAAUGGAGUUUGUUUUCACGUUUGUAUAAUGUAACAGACAAACCAGGCAAAAAAAAAAAAAAAAAAAGAGAUUUUGCAGAAUAGCACUGACAUCUCUAAGUGGUCCAGUCAUAAAGGGCUUACAGCAUACCUCUAACCUCCAGGAGGGAAAGGCUGUGGUUUGUUGCAUCCCUGCGAGCAGCAGACUGAGCAGCGCAGCAGCCAGCAGAGGAGCGCAGUUCAGGUCGCCACUGCGUAAACUUCUGGGAGUCUGACAGCACACCAUGGCUGCGAUAUUACUCCUCCAGGAGGAAGAAAACAGGCGCAAAUAAUCCUUCAGUGAAGAGAGCACAGGUUUACGCCCGUGAACACCACUUCUUUGCCAUUGCACGGUUCGGCAGUUUGUCACUUGAGUGUGGUUUCUGUUUCUGGUGUGCUGUGCAGCAGCGCAGUCCAGCCUGCACACCGGGUAGUGAAAGCAGCGCAGACUGCAUCAGCUCUGCUCGGCUCUCUUCCGCACAGUGCGUCUGCCAGAAGGCUGGUUUCAUAUUACUGUUUGAUGGGGCAGGGGGUCAGUGUCGAGACAAUCUAAUGAAAACCAAACGUGCUCCGUCCAUCAAACCACUUGUUGCAACCAGAAGAGCUGAGUUAAAGCAGAAUCAGAUGGCUUCUUUUGAACAUGAGUUUCUGAGGGUUAUGUAAGGCUGUAGGGGAAAAAAUAGUUUAGUCUUCUCUUUAUUUAACAGAGGGCAUGCACAGACACUUUUCCUGGGCAUGCUGGAAAACAACACAGGACAUCACUGUGGACUGUUACACAUUAUCCUGUGACCAAUUUAGUCUACUCCACAGACCAAUGAAUUCACAAAUGAAUCACAGAACACACUGCACGUUUUAUACUUAGUAAAAGUUUGGCUGUUAUGGAUUGUCCUAUUUGCUUUUUCCCUAGUGCAUCAUAUUUUAUCCCCUGCACUUCGACCUGCAGGCUCUUGGCUGACCCGGUGGCUCUGGUUGCCAAAGAGGAUAAAGUUUGUAGUGCUGUUAGUUGUGGAGAGUUGUAGCCUGGGGCUGCAAGAGAGAUUGCUCUCAGAUUGCAGCAAAAUUUUAAAAUGUAUCAGCUAAUAAGGUCAAAUGAAAUGCUUUGUCCGAUCUGGAGCCUGUGGAAAGCAGAACAGUGACUUAUAUAGCGAGAAAUAGUUUCCCAAUUGCAGAAGAAAUGAUUUGUUCUCUUAAAAGUGUCAACUUAUUAUUAACCCACCACCUUAAGAAACCAAUACAAAGCUUAAAAGGUGUCAGUCAGUCCAAUUCCAGCAGGAGCCAGCUUUAACAUAUGUUGCCUUAUAUACUGACAUUGGGAUCUAUGGAUGCAAUAAGAUAGUGAGAUUAGUUGUUAAAAGAUGUGUAUUUUCUGCACAUUUUGGAUAAAAAAAUGACCUAACAACAAUGAAAUUAUUUUAAAAAAUAUAAUAUGUACCUACUUUUGGCUCCUGUGAGGAGUUUUGAGAAGGUUUUGAGAUAGGUUGAGUUAAUAGUAACACAUUUUUAUGGCCUACAAAACAAAUAAGUCUAUCACAGCCCCCCAUAGAUGCCAGCCUAUUGUUUGGUUUCUUAGAUAAUCCAGAAGUUAUCCAAAUAUCAGGACAAAACCAGCUCUGCUAUUUUGAGAUUAUCUGAAAGUCAAUGCAUAAUGGUGAAGAAAAUAUUGUUGUGUAUAUCCGGCAACUAGAAAAAUGAGUCAAAAUCUCAAGAAAGCCACUAAAAUGAAGUCAAAUGUAGCCAAGACAAUAAAAGUUCUCUUUAUCUGCUUUACACUCAGCGGAAGAAAAUCAAAAACACCCAAAUACACAAUAGUGCACACACAAUCAAAAAUACUGGAUCAAUUAUGACAAACAAUUCAGAGCUGAUACAAAACCAAAAGGAUACGAGUCCUUUAAUGCCUUAAACCAGAAAUUAUGGCCAGAAAACAUUACACAGUUUUAGGUGUUUUUGGAAACUGAUAAACCACAAGAGGACAUUUUUUUUCAUUUAUUGGACUGUAUUUAUGUGUUUUUAAAAUUGUUGAUCAUAUUGAUUUGAUGGAAGUAUCAAAUAAGUACGUAUCAAAUGUGAUACAGAGGAAUCAAAGGGCUAGUAAAAUGACUGUCGGAUAGCAUAUAACUAAGAAUAAAUAAGAAGACUGGUAAAAUACUUGAUGGUUUCUUGUUACCCCAGGAAAACGUUUACAAAGUCUCUACCAGUAUGUCACCUUUAGUGUGUUUGGGGAUUGUUUUUGUUUUUCCCCUCUGUUGAUAUAACAGCAAAUUCCUUCCUUUAACAGGAAUAAUAAUAAAAUUCAAUUUUGGAUGAAUAUUAAAUGCCUUCUUGAGAGUGAACAAUUUUUAUUCCAUAUUCUGAUUUUUCUCAAGUAACUAAUACCAAAUUGUGAUUUAAACACUAGGCGGAACCAAUGUGCGAGAAGUAGUUUCUUCGUCCCCCGUACACUGCUGCACUACAGGCGGAGGAAAUGGCGCCCGUCAGGUGCUGCAGGGUUUACAGUGGCCAGCCAGUCCAGCACCCUCGAAGUUGACACGUAAGCUAACCAGCCGCGUCUCUCUGUACCAGGCUGAGUGUGACAGGAAUAUGGUUUUUAUGGGAGAGAGGCGCACUUUGAGCCGGAUGGUGAGGACCUAACAGGUGAGAGCUGCUGCCUGGACCUGAGCUCCACGGUUAGCCUGUUAGCUUUAAUCCCAUAAUCUCGGGAGUUAGCCGGAGCGGUUUGUCCCUCCCGGGUCCGGUGCCCUUUAGGAGGUGGCGAGUGUGGAGGUUCCCUCCGAAAGGACAGGGUCAGAAAUAUGAAUGUGGGUGGUAUAGAAAUGAAAGCCACGUGUACUGGCGAGCUAAACAAUUAGCCAGUGUGUGAGAUCAGCGUGGAAACCGCCCACUUUAGCCUGAACCCACAGAGUCAGGAACCACCUUUAGCCUGUUCUCUGUCAAGUUAAAGGGCCGAAUCAGCGUUAAUAUACGCGGACUGAUCUGUACUAAGAGAACAUAGAGAAUAAGAUUCAGCUUUGUCUACUUUUUGCGUGCAGAACACAAACAUGUGACUUUCCAUGUGGAAAUGUCUGACAUUUUGAGUGACAUUUUUAAACAAAGUUGCAAAUUUAAACACCAUAUAAGAGGUGUCCUCUUGUUAUGUGAUGUGGAGAAAGAGUAAGUACAUAAAAGCUCAUGACUCAUCGUAAUAUUUCAGCAAACAACGUAAUAUUAAACCACGCAAACGUGGAACAGGAGUAGGAUCUGCGUUUUGUUCAUCAGUUCAAGGUGUGUUUGACAACAUCCUGAGUUUCUUCAUCAUCAGCACUGUUUCAUACCUUUUAUCUGUAAGAAGUUCACUGAUUCCACAAUGACACACCUUAGAAGUUAGACAGCUUUUUGUUCAUGUAUUUUGAUAACUUAAUGGCUGCAAAUUACGGAGCUAUAGGGACCUUAACACCGUCUAUUUUGAUUGCAAAACUCAAAAAAACAUGAUCAAAUGGUCAAUUUGUAUUAAGUUAGAGUACAUUGACUAGGGAGGGGUUGAGAUAUUUGUAAUUAGAGUAAGAGUGUUCAUGCUGCUAUUAUCACAUCUGAACGAUCUUUUUUUUAUGAGCAGCACCUGGUUUUAAAGCUGUGUGAACAGACAGAGGCUGUAGGGCAUUUGAAAGCUGUAAACUGCUUAUUACAACCCAAGAGGAAGACAGCAUAGGUACCUGAAACAGGUGCUGUUGCACUGUGAGAGUCAGAACUGGAGAUAAGAUAUAGAAGAAGACGCAGAAAGUGAGAAAGAUAUCCAUAUCCAUGUGACUGUAUAUAUCUAACUGGCAUACCUUACAUAUCUGUAAUAAUUAUGCACAGUUAGGGGUCUCUCUCUCUCUGUCUCUCCCUCCACUCAUUUGUGUGUGUGAGUGUGUGUGGAACCACCAUUCAAAUAAUCAUGAAACAGUUUCAGUCACUAUCGAUUGGUGUCCUAUCUUUAAAUGCCUGUCUCUAACAUGGGCUAGCUGCCUCCACGUCGUCCAUAAAACAGUUAUAAUUGAUAUUUUGCCUCACAUAAUGGCAUUAAUAAAUACAUAUCCUGUUUUUCAGUUUUAAAACCACUGCCAAACUCAAAAAUGCAUCUUUUCUGUAUUCAACUUCCCUGGUUAUGAAGUGGAAAUAGUGCAGUGUGUAUAAAGUUUGUGAUAUAAAUAGUAGACUGUGGACAGUCUUGUGUUUUAUUGAUAUGUCUUUUUUCAUCACUACAGGCACUUCAGACUGAUUUUUGGAAAUACUGCUGUUACUCUUAACCCCUUGCAGAGGAAUGGCCAAAGAGCAGAAACAAAGCAGGGCAGAGACUUUCAUACUGCAUGGAUCAAAUGGUCACAAUGGCCAGCAGUGGCAGACUGGUAUGAAUAACCUGACCAGCCACUCUCACGGGCACAACCACAUGUCAAGGAUGGCCCGUGUUGCCUCAGACAUGAGGCACAAAUGCGCCGCUUACGUGCUCGCACUGAGGCCUUGGAGCUUUAGUGCCUCGCUCACACCGGUGGCCCUCGGUAGUGCUUUGGCGUACAAACUGGAGGGCUCUGUGGACUUAGUCAUCCUGCUGGUGUGCGCAGUGGCUGUCCUCGUGGUCCACGGGGCGGGAAACCUCGUGAACACCUACUAUGACUUCUCCAAAGGGAUCGACCACAAGAAGAGUGAUGAUAGGACUCUUGUGGAUGAAAUCCUGGCUCCGCAGGAUGUUGUUAUGUUUGGAGCAUUGUUAUACUCUUUGGGGUGCUUGUGUGCCACUCUACUCUACUUCCUAUCUACGCUGAGAUUGGAGCACCUAGCCCUUAUUUACUUUGGUGGACUCUCCAGCUCUUUUUUAUACACUGGAGGUAAGUAAAUAAUUAACUCCACACUCUUUGGUUACUGUUUCGAUGCUGAUCUGCUAGUCCAGUCGGUUAAAGCACAGCCCGAAUGUUUCACAGCGGCAUCUUUGCACGCUGGUGGCUCCAGCUAAGGUUGGCAAAGUGAAAAUUGGAAUCUGUGUGUGAUGUCAGGAGAAUGCACACGGCGCAUUCAUGUUUUCCAUUGUGGUCACUCUGUCGUGUGUUAUUACAAAAAACAAACACUGCUAAGUACAUCUUUCCCCAGACAGAGCAUAUAUUCAUGGCAGUGGAAAGGUCAGCUUACCCAAAAAAGAAAAAGUCUUAGUCACCAUUCGUGGUAUUUAGUCAGGCAAAUAGAAUUUUGCAUGUUGUCAGGGCCACAACAAAGGAAACAUGUGGGUUAACCUUAUUACUAGAAACAAAUAAAGCGAAUACCAUGUUUAGUUGUCAGUUGUAACACGGAACAGUUUUAUUAGCAAUGAAUGAAAAACUAUGAGAGCCAAGGAACCGAAGACAACGAAAAGAGUGGGAAAGCCCAGGCUGACCACUGUCAGACCCAGAAGCCUUAAAACAGUAUUAAACCAGAGUAAACUCUACUGUGAAAAAGCUCUGGCCAUAAAAGAAGGAGAGAGAAGAAGAGGAGGAACAAAAGAGUAAUGCAGGGAAAGGGCAGAAUUAUGUCAGAGGUUCAAGACUCCCAGCCUCUGAAAGUCUUCUUCCAGCCUUAAAAAAGUUGGCACAACUUUCACUUCCUCAUCUAAAACCACUGAAAAACAUUCUGCUGUUUUUCAGACAAAUACAAAUACAUGGGUAGAAAGAAAGUUUUCUACCAUUACUUUAAGCAGAUCAUCUUUUCAACAUUAACUGUUCAUCUGGUGUUUUUAUGGCCAACCUCACCAACUGAGUCAAAGACAAUUUGGUCACUUUUUGGGAACUGGUCCUUUAAGACAGUCUGUGUAUUCUUCAGAUGUCACACUCAUGUGUUACAUUUCUUCAUGGACUGAUAUUCUUUUUGAAAGAACUCCGGUGUCAAUUCAUCAUUAUGUAUGUGUGAAGGAGCGCUAAGUCCACAUCCUCCAUCACUGUUUUAUUUACAAUAAAUCAGGGAAACUGUCUGACACCUGUCUUUGGGAUGUAUUCUCCUUUUCUGCGGCAGCCCCUGUUUUGUCAUGGAGACUAUUAACUUUGCUUAUUAGGAAAUCCACUCCUGAUGUAGAUUAUCACUCAAGGAACCCUGCUUUUAAACCUACAAAAAGCUAAGGAAUUUUAAGUACCAACUUAAAAUGUUAAACGUUUUCUUCCAGAUUUCACUUUGAAUGAAAAAUGUCCCUCUAUAUUAAUUUCAAGAAACAUCUGCGGGAGCAAAGGUUUAGCUGAUCCAGCAGAUCCUUAAGAUCUCCCGAGUGUGUAUCUGAGACAGACAAGUCAAAACAAAUGAUUUUCUUUUCGUUUUUUUAGACACUAAUGGUCUUUUAACGAUUUUAUUUGUAAGAUGGGACAGUUGACAGAGAAGGAAACUGGAAAGAGAGAGUGGGAGAUGACAUUUGCCAAAAGAGCAGUGGUGGGAUUUCAACUCAGGCUUCAGCCUUCUUCAGGGACUGUAGCCUCUGUGCGUGCUGCCUGCAGUUGAAUCGGCCUCAAGUUUUGUUUUUUGUCAUUUGUCAGUCUAAAAAUUCUGUUUUGUGUCAGAAUGUUUUGGAGACAUGGCUGCUGAAAUGAAGCCAUGUGAACACACACUCAGGACCUGCUGUACAUCUCCGAAAGAAGCACAAGACAACUGAGUGCUCCUCCAAAACAAAACUUUGACCGAUGUCUUCUUCAAAAAAAAUGAAUAAAUUCGUGACACAAGCCCCUUAGUGCUGGAAAAAAAAACUCCAAAGACCACAUCAGUGAUGGUGUAUGAGUGAAGUUUGCCCCCUACAGUAGACUUCUGUGUUUUGCGAGGAAUGGUGAAAAAAAUUUAACAGUGCAAACAGAAACUACACAUCUGAUCAUUUUGGAUUAACGGCCCUUUGUUCUCCAAUAAAAGGAGAUGAAGUCACAUCCCGAACAAACAACAGGCGCUGAGUCGACUGAGUCAUGUCCACCUAUUCAAAGCUCCUGUGAGGAACUUUUGAUUUGUACUGAUUUUAGUGUCCCCUUUGCUCAAAGAAACAUGCCUUAUCUUUGAUCAUUUGGUUCUGUACAUAUACAAAAAAUGCUCACACUGAAAAAAUAUUUUAUCUUUUUUUGUAGGAUUUGAAGAGGCAUCAUUUGUAAUCUUAACAUUUUCCAUUAUCAGUAAAAAAACUCACCACAGGGGCUUUAAAAUAGCUCUUAAUAUUCAGCUGCUCUUAUCAGACCUGAACAGCAAUGAAACACCAUCUUGUCAGGUGAUUGCAUGGACUGUAUGGGUGACGCUUGGCAUAUACAUAGCCACCCAUAGACUAAAGGGUGUUUACAAAGCCAGAUGGUCCAGUAUGUAGAAGAAGACCUUCAGAAACAGACUGUUCAACAUGGACUUCACAUACAGCUGAUUAUUUACGACGUCAGCCUGUCAUUGAUUUUCUUGUCUCCACAGGUAUUGGCCUCAAAUAUGUCGCUUUGGGAGAUGUGGUCAUCCUCAUCACCUUCGGCCCUCUGGCGGUCAUGUUUGCUCACGCGGUGCAGGUGGGCUACCUGUCCGUGCUACCGCUAGUGUACGCCGUCCCUUUGGCCCUCAACACAGAAGCCAUCCUCCACAGCAACAACACCAGAGACAUGGACUCUGACAAGCAGGCAGGCAUCGUCACCUUGGCCAUCCUAAUAGGCCCAACGCUGUCCUACGUUCUCUACAACCUCCUGCUCUUUGUCCCUUAUGUGCUCUUCUGCAUCCUCGCCACCCGCUACACCAUCAGCAUGGCGCUGCCUCUGCUCACGCUGCCUAUGGCCUUCCCUCUUGAGAAGCAGUUCCGCAGCAGGUGCUACGCCAAGAUCCCCCAGAAAACAGCCAAGCUCAACCUUCUCAUGGGACUUUUCUAUGUGUUCGGGAUCAUUCUGGCACCCCCUGGCAGCUUGCCGCUCCUGUGAUGACGUAGCUUUGAUAUUUCAAACUGAUGUUGUUUUAAUACAGACUAGUUUAUGUACCUCUUUGUAUUUGUACAAAGCUUUCUGAGAGCUUUCAUUGGCUUUAAUUUAUUGUCUAAUUUAUAUGUUGAACUGAGAUUUAGUUUAGGUCCUCCUCUGACACUGAAGGCGUAAUCAGAUCAGAUCUGUUUUUCUCAGUAUUAAGUGCGCUGUAACCUAUUGGUAAAGGUAAGAAAAGGUGAAGUCAUUACGUAGAGGUAGGCAACAUUUUUCAUCAUGAGAGUCCAGACAGUAAACCUAAAGAUGCCAUAAUUAUUGUUCAAGAUACAAACCAUGACACUGACAGCUAAAACUUUAACAUAGCAACAACAUCACCAAAUUUUCAAAGUUAUAAACCUGUACUUGAUACGGUACAUAAGGCUAAAUUUGUUUGUUUUUGUAUGUUUAUUUUGGAGAGCCAAAUAGUAUUUUAUUGGAUUGUAAUAAAACUUACAGAUGCUGAUGAGCCGUGUCUUUAUUUUGGAUCAAAUGUGUAGAAGAAAAUAAAAUGGUAAAGAGCAAUUUAACAUGAAAAUGAGCAAAUUGUUGUUAAAAUUAGUUGAACUAAUAUGACUUUUACAUGUCAACAUCUUUUUUUGAUCAACCAUCUGGUGAAAAGGACUUCAAAACAAUGCAAAACAUUGACAUCAGUGUUAUUUCAGUUGUAAUAAAAACAUGAAUAGUGCAAGUGGCACCUCUUAUUUUAAAUAUGGAAUUCAUGUCUGGUCUGAUAUUAAAAAACUUGAAUUUUCUUUGUAUUCUAAUGCAUUAAAAUUGAAAAAUAGAA